UACGGACGUGUUUUUUGGACAACGCAUGUUUAGGGGAUUAUCAAAAAGAAAAGAAAAACCAACAACAACAACAACAAAAAUAAUAUACCUUUAGUGAAAUUUGCAAAAUUUAUCAAAACGGCAGAAGCGUGGAGAAGUGAAUCAAAAAAAAAAAAAAACGGAAACGCAAUUUCGUUAUUCAAUGUGAGUGAAUGUAAGCGUGAAGGGCCAAAGCGUGCUUGCGUGCGUGCGUGCGACCGUGAGUAAGUGAAUCUGUGUGGCUGGAUGUGAGUGUUUUUGUAAAUUUAAUUAAAAUCUCCUCAACCCAGUUGAAUACGAAAAACAAAAACCAAAACAGCCAGUCAGUCAAGCAGCCAUUCGUAUAUCCUGGCCGCAGGAUUAAAACCACCACAUCACACACACACACACACACACACACCCACACAGACACAAUUUCAUAUCUCAUUUAAAAAAAAAAAAAAUCAAAUGAUUAAUGAAUAAUGUGCUGCAAUGCCGCGACUACUAUGAUGAAUUGUCUUUUAAAUUCCGGUGAAUAAAAAAACCAAAAAAAAAGAAAAUUAAAGAAAAUAUUUUAAAGAGUAUCUGUGGCAAUGGAGAAUGUUGCCCUAUUUUGCUUCAUUAAAUGAAUCUAUAGUAUAAUUGUGAAUGAAACAUAGAGAGCCCGAAGUUUUCAACGUGGGUGUAUGCCAGUGGCACUAGUAAAGCUUGCUGUCUGUUGUGUCUCUAUAUGUGUGGUUGCAUGAUGGAGGCAGAGUAAAGGCAAUCCUGAACAAACGCAAACUUUGAAAAGAAAUUUUAACAGGAAACGGAUGUAUGCUUGCUGCUAAGAUAUAACGGCAUAGCGCUGUACUUGCUGUUUUUUUUUCGAGGGAAAUGUAUGUCGCUGCCAUUAGAGGUCCCCUUUUGAUCCUGGCAAAUACGUGAUGAUGUAGCCAUAGGUGGUCUCCCUAUACCAAAUGGCAAAAGAAUUGCUGCUAUAUCAAAAAUAAAAAAAAAACCUAAAGCAUCUCAAGAAACCUUUAAUCCUUGAGCUGAAAAAGCACCAGCGUAAACGUCAACAUCAUCAUCAUCAUCAACAUUAUUUGUACAAAAGGCAGCAGCAAAAAAAGUAACCAAGGACUAGAACCAAAAAUAAAUACAUAAAGGAACGUUAACAUUUACGUUCUCCAUCCGACCUCCCUGCCUACCUGCCUUCCCUAAAUAGGGGUGGUAACUGGUGCCGCCUUUUUGCUCAUAAAAAAGUCAACGGAAACUAUUGCUGCAACAGCCACAAUGUCAAAAGUCAAACAUUAGAUUUUGAACAGAUUAUAAGGAUAUGGUAUGGUCCUUCGUAAGCUACAUAGGUCGGCUCUCUAAUGUCAAAGCUGCCUCCUGAACAAGUUUAACCCCAUUGCGCUGGGACCAACCACUCUAGCAGAGAGUACCAAACAACUGCCACACGACACCACACACACACACACACAUCAAACGGUCACAUCUGCUAUGAUUGCUGUUCACCUUCUUCUCCUCUAGCUCCACCUACGUCCCACGAAUGAUGAUCUUAGCCCAUAUUUCUGCCAUUAGACGUCAUUAUGUCAUUGUAUAACGUUAAGCACAAAUAUAAACAGUUUUGACUCAAGAGCUCUACAGAUGGCGUUUUUUUUUUGUGGGUCUAGUUGUUGUUGACAUUCUUGCUGGAAUUGCAAACCUGAUUUCGCUAGGGUUUGUUUGCGUAACUGCAUGAGUGUGUGUGCGUGUGAAUGAGUACGGUACUCAUAUGUGUUCUUACACAGUAUACAUGCUGGCAAUGAACAAUCGUCGUACUACAACAACAGUGAAACCAACACCAAGACCACCAUCACCAAUGGCAACAUCCGCAUUUGCAGUAUCGAAGCAAGCAUCGUUAUAAGGACCUUAGAGAGGGAGAGAGAGAUCCUAGCCAUCAAUCCCAAUUCACAAUCAUUUCCAUUCAAAUUCAGGGUCUAUGGUGUCCUGCUACCAUAACAGCAACAGCAACAUCAACAACUGCAGCGCAACUCUUCGUAUGCUGUAUCCACUUUGAACCAGUGCUGCUAACGAAUGUAGAUGUGGUUGAGUGAAUAUUUAUUUAGUUACCGGUUCACUUGCCAUGUUUGGACUGUAAUGGUGUACUUGGCUGGCGUAUACAACUGCACGACUCUGACAAUGUUAGAGAUAAGCCUGAGCAAGUUGAAACAAUUUCGCAAGCCUUACAACACAGAUACAGACAACGAGAACGAGCAAGAGCCAGCUUCAUAUUUAUGUUAGUUCAGCCGCAGCAUCAUUAUUGAUUGCAGCCAUUUACCCCUUCGACCCCCCCUCCAUCAAAUUGAUGUUUUUGGCAUUGGGGUCAUUUGACUGGACUUUCAGUCUUUGAAGCGUUAUGGGUGAUUUACAAGCAACAAUUGAAUUUUCUGUGGAAUUGUAUAAAUUUUUCAAUGUGGAUUUAUUUCAAAGGGGUUUGUACCAAGUACGAUGCUCCCUGCGUGUCUCACCUCGCCUGCCAGUACAAAUCGAGACCACAAUACCAGAAACCACAGCUAAUGGCCAACCCGCUGCACAGCCCAUUGCCAUAGCCAAUGGAGAGGCCAAUAAUGGCAGCGGCAUGGGUGCCAAUGGCUUGCCUGUCAAUGGUUGCCCAGACUCCGGCGAGCCCACGGAUCUCCAACAGCAACACCAACAGCAGCAGCAGCAGCAGCAACCAUCCGAUAUACCUCCACUGCCCAACAGUGUACACAAUCUGGCCUCGGCCAGCAUAAUUAAUGGGGCGGGAGCCUCACGUGUUUUCCAAAUACUCUAUCGCAAUGAAGAGGUGACAUUACGUGAUGUGAUAUACUUUCGGACACAUUUAUUAGUUGACAGUCGCCAUUUAAAAGAAUCUAUAGAACGUGCUGAAUUUUCAUUGCAACUGGAAUUGUGGUUUGCCGAGCAGAAUGCCACAGCCACCAACUUAGCCUUGGCAUCGACGCGUACACUGCAGCUAAAUUUUCAUCCAGGACGUGGCCUACACUAUCAUCUGCCGGUAUUGUUUGAUUAUUUCCAUUUGGCUGCCAUCAGUGUGGGCAUUCAUGCCAGUUUGGUGGCAUUACAUCAGCCAUACAUCAAUGCUCCCAAAAACUCCAAACCUUGGCUGGGAACGGGAAAACUCAGUUGUAGAGGCAGCAUGUCUCCGGGCCCUUUGGAAGCGGUUUUCUUUGGCCCUCAAGCGGUGAGCACAACGAAAUGUAGCGGUGGCCCGGCUGGAAGACUGUUACAAUCACGACAACUGCAUCGUGAAAUUUGUAGUCUACUUUUAGGCGCCAUAGAACAAUUGAAAAUUUCAUUAAAUGAAUUCAGCACCGUACUCCCACCGAAUAUUAACACACAAAUCGGUUCACCUCCGUUUCGGGAAAAUGAUACCAACGAUAGAUUGCACAAGAUCUUGGAGCAGGCUAAGAAUCACGACUCCGAAGAAGACUUCACCAUACGAGCCAACUCCGACAUAGCGCAACUCUGUGCGGAGUGCAUUAUGUUUUGGAGGCGAGUCCUAAUAGCCUCAACACAACCUUCCGUGCAUACGCUGCUGGCAAAAAAGCACCACAUACUGCGUGUAAGGCGAUUUGCCGAAGGCUUCUUUGUCAUGGAGAAUCCUCGUCACACGGCGGCCGGUUGCUAUGACAGUAACUAUCAAAAUUAUGUGGCCAUUUCGGAGAUGGCUAGACGCAGUCGUUAUAUGCAAUCUUUGCCUCCCUUGCCGGUACACUGCACUCCCAUUGAUGGGGAUACCAGUUCCAUGCCUUUGAUAUUUGAAGAUCGCUAUGUGGAACCGGGAAAAUUUACACGCAAAAGAACUGGCUCCGAGCCACAUUUAAAUCGUGUGGAUAUGUCGGUGGUCAAUGGGAAAAACAAAAUCAACAACUGUUCUGCCACAGAGAAGUCAAUGGGCUUAAACACCGGUCGAUCUGCUUCAGCGGGGGGUAAGGAGUGCUCAUGCGGUGUAGGCAGCUAUGAUUAUGCAACGAAAACAAAUGGCAGCAUGGCGGGGGUGUUGACGCCCCGUUUUGCUUUGGGUGGGGAGAUUUUACAGGCCAGCCUAACCAUAGCCCCUUCGGCGGCUUCAAAAGGGCCCAAUGCUCCCGUGCUGGGGCAUCGUUACAUGUCCCGGCAUUCGGUCAAUGGUUUGCUGGAUGAAAUCGACAGUGGCAUUGAUCCCACUAUGAAUGAAUUUUGUGAUAUGGGCAGUUCUGGUACACUGCCGGCGCGGCAUAGUAAAUCCUUGGAUCAAUUGGAUGGCACCGUACACAGUACUCCCUCGCUAAGGACUUACCACCACAACACAUUGGGCUAUGCGCCCAAGUUAUCCGAAAAUGAACUGAAUCAUGGCAUGUUGUACAGCGAGGAAGGCCAGGAAAAGACUUUUAAAGGCUUUGGCCUAAAUGGCAGCCGCAAACCUAAGGUUCAGGCCGAAGACCUUAUGAGAAACAUCAACGAGUUUCGCCUGAAAUACAAAAACUUUGACGACCCCUCCCAGGAAAUGACUGCAAAUGGUGGCAGCCAAUACCAGAAAUAUGGCUCCACCAAUGCCCACACCUUGGGCAGGGCUUGUAUGGACAUGAAUGCCACAGCUGCCAGUAAAUAUGACUACCUGCAUGAGAUCAAAAUGUUAAAUCCUCCCAAAAAGAUGAUGGAACGGCAGCAGUCCUAUUACAACUCUCUACCCAAGACCAUGACAACGAAUGGUGAGAUAAUACCACGCAACUCAUAUCCCCCCAUCCCCAGUGCAGUGAAUGGCCAGCCACAAAAUGGUGCAUUGGGUGUUGCAGCAGAUGCCCCAGGUAAUCCUACUACUCCCGCUAAUUCCAUAGUUUGGCCUCAGCAAAUAGCUAUACCCCGCAGUAGUUCUUCCCAAGCUUUAAGACAAUUAAAUAAUGCCAACACCACCACCAACAAGGAAGGGGAAUCCAAUAAUAGUUCCACCAUUCCUCGUUCAGUAGAAAUAGCUCGGGUGCGUGUCUCAGAUCUUAAGGAAAUGCUCAAGAAUGGCACGCUGCGCAAAGAGUCGAGCAGCUCGGAAAGUGAUAUACCCUCCAAAGUGAAAAAGGCCAAGGCGGAGCAGAAAAUGCUCUCCUCGGCCAGUGUGCCCUUUAAGCUGGACACCACCUCUACGUCGGCGGAACAAGAGCAAACCACAAGUGGUUUUAGUGAGUCAUUGCCGAAUCUAGUGCCGCCGCCCCAGUUCACCACCGAGGGAGUGAUAAGUGACUCCACCUCCUCACUGAGUGAGGAGAGUGGCUGGGUGUCCAGUCGACGAAGCUCCAUUGUACCCUCCAGUCCUGAGACGAUAUUGAAGCAACAACAAACCAAGGAGAGAAAUGAACUGGAGACCCGCCUAAAUGGAGAACAAUUGCGCUUAAAGCUACAAAAGCUCUUGGAACAGCAAAACAAAAGUAAAAAGCUCAAAGAGUCAAGGGGCCAGUUGAAGAGCUCCGCUGUUUUGCAAACUACCCCCGACGGGGGUUUGGUGAGCAAGAAAGUCACUUCGGUGACGGUGAAAGUGAAGCCAGAACGUUUGCGUUCCGAACUAAGAAGAAACCUAAGAAAUAUACCCUAUAAUGAAUCGACAGAAGUGGAAGAUUCCGAUUUCUCUUUGGUGCAAAAUCAGCGAAGAGAGCGUUAUCGCAAAGGAGAAAAAUCCAAAUCGGAAUUCGAUUUGACCAGCAUAAAGGAGAGCACCACGGCCAUAACGAAUGUCAGGGUGCCACCACCUCAACAAUUUCAAGAUGACCUUCUGCCGCCCGAUGAGUUUAGGGAUCCGCCAAUGACCAACACACCCAACACAACAACUGAAAAGCCCCAGCCACAGAAGAGGGCCAACAAAUCGGCGAAUAAAUCAACGACAAAUUAUGCAGCAGCAAACUCCAGCAACCAUCCGCCAACGCAAGACACCUAUCAGAGUCUCACCCAACACUCCUCUCCCUCGUCCUCGAUGAUAGUGCCACCGGCUCCACCACCACCUCUAAAAGAGAUACCGCCGCAUGCCAUGAAUCUGAGACAACCCAUUGUAGCCAUAGAUAAUCCCGUCUAUCACAUUUACGAGUCCAUGAAACCCAUAACACCGGCCAAUAUAUUCACCAAUAAGCCUGUAGUACGCUCCCAUAGCAUUAUCGAGAUGAAAAGACCCAAAGAUUUUGGCAACCUGGGCACUAAUAAAAUCUCUUUAGUCAACAACAAUAAAUCGAAUCGCUCGACGCCCUCGAACACAUCGAGCAGUCACAAACUACCCAUGAACUCCUCCCAAUCACAGCUGUCGAGUCAACCAUCCCAAGAUAACAUAGAGGAUGAAAACAAAGAGAACUCUAACGGUAUAGCCCAGCAGCAGACACCAGCAUCUGCGGCUCCACCGCAGCCCCACCAAUGUGUGGUCAUACGCUCGAGCAGCACUAAGUCACACAAGAAAACACCCAAAGGCCAGGAAUGCAACAUAUCGCUAAUGGAAUUUGAAAAAUAUCGCGAAGAAUUUCGCAAACAAUUGAAAUACAACGGCAGCAUUUAUUCAGACUUUACCAAACUCUCCUCAGAAUUGCCUUAUUUUUACAUCAGCGACGAGUAUCGUGCCUUCUCACCGAAUGGCAUGCAUUUAAUCAUCUGUGUUCAUGGCCUAGAUGGUAAUUCGGCCGAUUUGCGCUUGGUACGCACCUACCUGGAAUUGGGUUUGCCUGGAGCCAAUUUGGAAUUUCUCAUGUCCGAAAGGAAUCAGGGUGAUACAUUUUCCGAUUUCGAUACCAUGACUGAUAGACUUGUUGCUGAAAUUUUAUAUCAUAUCGAAACCUGUGGACUCAAUCCAACACGCAUUUCAUUCGUAGCUCACUCAUUGGGAACAAUUAUUGUACGCAGCGCUUUGGCACGACCACAAAUGCGUUCACUACUGCCACGCCUGCAUACAUUCCUCUCAUUAUCGGGACCACAUUUGGGCACAUUGUAUAAUACCAGCGGCCUGGUCAAUAUGGGUAUGUGGUUUAUGCAAAAAUGGAAAAAAUCCGGCUCUCUACUACAGCUUUGUAUGCGAGAUACCAGCGAUAUGCGCAAAAGCUUUCUAUAUCGUCUCAGUCAACGCAGUAAUUUACAUCAUUUUAAGAACAUACUGUUGUGUGGAUCCAGUCAAGAUCGUUAUGUUCCUGCACAUUCGGCACGUUUGGAAUUGUGCAAGGCAGCGAUAAGAGAUAACUCCAAUUUGGGGACAAUAUACAGAGAAAUGGUUAACAACAUCAUAGCACCUAUCUUGGCCCGUCCCGAACUGACUCUAACGCGUUAUGAUGUACAUCAUGCCUUGCCGCAUACCGCCAAUACUUUGAUAGGCAGGGCGGCACACAUUGCCGUCCUUGACUCGGAAUUGUUUAUAGAGAAAUUCCUAUUGAUUGCCGGUCUAAAAUACUUUAGUUAGCGAAUCAAAACACAUGGAAAUCAUCAUCAAAAAGGAUAAAUCAACAUUUACAACAUAAUGCAAUAAGUAAACGAGUUGAAGAUCACUCAAAAAAUUUAACAAAAAAAAAAAAAAAACACGAAAAUUAGCACGGAAU